GAGCUCGAACAACCGAGCCGACAGAUAAGCGACCCUCCGCUCUUGUGCCGCUUCCGCUCCGCAGUACAAGUACGUUGCCUGGUAUCCUUCAAUUCCAGCGGAGUGCCAAGGUUUUCUGUUCCAUAGACACGCACCCGCAUUUCAGCUUGGUCAACCUCCUUUACAUUCACAUCUCGCUGCUUUCGCACGCCUAGCACGACCUCGUCUCGACGUCCAGCCCGGUCCCAAGUCCCACCUCUCGAGGCUUGAGAGUACAGCGCAUUGCCUUUCACGAACCACCUACUCUCAAUGGCUUCUCCUGCGCCUGCAGCUACCAAGUCGGUUCCGCUAACGUGCUCGGGUCACACACGACCAGUUGUCCAUCUCGAAUUCUCGGAUCUGCAAGAUGACGGGACGUACACUCUGCUCAGCAGCUGCAAGGACGGCAAUCCGAUGUUGCGAGACUGGCUCGGAGAUUGGAUAGGCACGUUUUUGGGUCACAAGGGAGCCGUUUGGAGCAGCAAGCUGUCAGGCGGAGAGGCGAACCGAGCUGUUACUGGAAGCGCAGACUUCUCCGCCAAGGUGUGGGACACGUUCUCUGGUCAGUGCUUGCAGACAUUUCCGCACAACCACAUUGUUCGCAGCGUAGCUAUUAAUGCGGCCGGCACCAAAAUCUUGACUGCUGGUCACGAAAAGAAGAUUCGGCUGUUUGACCUGGCAAAGCCCGAGGCUGAGCCUAGCUACCUGGUCAAUGCUGCCAGCGAUGCAGAAGCUAGCAAAGGUCUGGCGCAUCCCAAUAACAUCAAGAGCAUUGUCUGGCAGCGGGGCCAGGGAGAGAAUACGACUAUCAGUGCGGGAGAGGACAAGACGGUACGGUGGUGGGAUCUAAGGACAAUGACCAAGUCGAGCGAGAUCUCUUUUACGGAUCCCAUCACUUCGAUGGAGAGAUCGCAGGGCUGCUUGGGAGAGCUGCUUACGAUCACGUCGGGCAAGAAUGUCUACUUUAUCGAUGCGACCACGCGCGAGGUGCGCAAGCAGCACCAACUCUCACUCGCCCCUUCCUCGGCCAGCGUGCACCCCGUCAAUGCGGACAAGUUUAUUGCUGGCUUUACGGGGGACGGAUGGAUCAGGAUCUACGACUUUGAGACGGCCAAGGAGCUGGAAUUGCACAAGGGCCACCACGGACCCGCGCACGCUGUUAGCUACUCGCCCGACGGAGAGCUCGCUGCGAGCGGCAGCGAAGACGGCACCAUCCGGCUUUGGCAGAGCUAUCCAGGCAAGAAGUAUGGUUUAUGGCAAUGAGGUGGCGCCGAGCUUGUAUUGCACGAAAAGCAAAAGCAGAGGAG